AUGAAGACCUUCGCGACUUCCGCCGUGAUCGUCAUGACGCUCGCCGCCUCAAGUGCCUCUCGCGUUCACCUUCGCAUGAUGACGAGUGACGUCCAGGAGCUCUCUCCGCCGGUCGUGGGCGAGUGGGGGCAGUGCAAGUGGAUCGACAAGCAGGAGGAGUGCGCCGACGGCCUCCAGUGCGUCGUGUCCAACGACUGGUACGGCCAGUGCCUCAAGAGCGAGGUCGAGACGUGGGGCCAAUGCGGAGGCGACGGCUGGACGCUGCCCUGUAAGGCCGGCAACAAGUGCGAGAAGAAGGACGACUGGUACAGUCAGUGCGUGCCCAGCCCGGACGCGGACACCAAGGUCGGCGAGUGGGGCCAAUGCUCCUGGCCGGGCUACACUGCGCAGUGCGAGGACAACCUCAAGUGCGUCACCAGCGACCUCUGGUGGGCCGGCUUCUGUGUCAAGAAGCAGGUGGACUACUUCGGGCAGUGCGGCGGCUACGGAUGGUCGACGGACUGCGUGCCUGGCAGCGUGUGCGAGGACCAGGGCGAGGCGUUCUACCAGUGCAUCCCCAGCAACGACGGAGGCAGCGUCCAGGAGUGGGGCCAAUGCAAGUGGAUCGACCAGCAAGUGAACUGCGCCGACGGCCUGCAGUGCGUCGUGUCCAAUGACUGGUACGGUCAAUGCUUGAAGAAGGUGGCAGAUGCGUGGGGCCAAUGCGGUGGAGCCAACUGGAGUGGGGCUUGUGCCGACGGAAACACGUGCGUGAAGAGGGACGACACGUACAGCCAGUGUGUGCCGAACUGA